UAGUCCGCCGUGUGCCUGUUGCAGUUUCCCAUUUGCAUGUUGCUCAUAACUGCUAACUGGCUACGCGGCAUAUUAUCGGACUCAUCUGACACGAAGCAAGUCUGUCACAUAUUUUUCCCACCAUUCGCGUCUUCGUCGAGUAGGUGCCUGCGGCUGCUGGCGCGACGUGGGUUUUAGCAUAGCUCUGUUAACCGAGCUGCUAACAGGCUAGCGCUCCUCACUGUGCGUUCCUCGCUCGCUAGCGCGCUUCUAGCUAGCAAUCGUUAGCCGGGAUGAAUAUGUUAGGACAGCAUCGUUAACAGUGUAAUAAUGACAUCGUAUUUGUUUAUUUCAGUCGCAGCAUCGGCUUCGAAACUAAAACUUGUGAACUUGUGCCAAUCUCGUUUACUUUGCAAGGCUGCCGUCACUCAGUUUGAGCUAAAAUAACGCCACUUUAAGUGUCAGUCUGCUAACAAUCUGACGAGGCUAGUUUGAGCAAACUUAAAGCUGAUACAGACUGCGAUGUUAGCGGGUCAACUGCUGGAUAUCAGCACCUCAGCGCAGAAUGGAUCUUGCGAGGGGGCGGUCGCCAUCCUGGAUGCAGGGGCACAAUAUGGGAAGGUGAUCGACAGACGAGUGCGAGAGCUGUGUGUCCGCUCAGAGAUUCUCCCUUUAGAGACCCCUGCCUUUGCCCUCAGAGAACAGGGUUACAGAGCCAUCAUUAUUUCAGGAGGUCCAGCCUCUGUUUAUGCAGAAGAUGCUCCCUAUUUCGACCAGGCCAUAUUCACCAUAGGAAAGCCCGUACUUGGCAUCUGCUAUGGGAUGCAGAUGAUGAAUAAAGUUUUCGGUGGCACAGUCCAUAAAAAGAGCGUAAGGGAGGAUGGCGUGUUCAACAUUGUGCUGGACAACACGUGCUCCCUUUUCAGAGGCCUUCAGAAGGAGGAGCUGGUGCUGCUGACCCAUGGUGACAGCGUGGAUAAAGUGGCUGAUGGCUUUAAAGUGGUGGCUCAGUCAGGGAACAUCAUUGCUGGGAUUGCUAAUGAACAGAAGAAGCUGUAUGGGACCCAGUUUCACCCUGAGGUCGACCUAACAGAGCGAGGGAUGGAGAUGCUGCGCAACUUCCUGUUUGAGAUUGCGGGUUGUACAAGUAACUUUACUGUGCACAACCGGCAGCAGGUUUGCAUCAAUGAAAUCAGAGAAAAAGUGGGCACAUCUAAAGUUCUGGUGCUUUUGAGCGGUGGAGUGGACUCCACAGUUUGCACCGCUCUCUUGAACAAAGCUCUGAACCAGGAGCAGGUGAUAGCAGUUCACAUCGACAACGGCUUCAUGAGGAAGAGAGAGAGUCUGAGUGUGGAGGAGGCCCUCACCAAGCUGGGCAUUAAACUCAAAGUGGUAAAUGCGGCUCACACCUUUUACAACGGAACAACAACUCUCCCAAUCUCUGACGAGGACAGAACGCCACGGAAACGCAUCAGUAAAACCUUAAAUAUGACCACCAAUCCAGAAGAGAAAAGGAAGAUUAUUGGAGACACAUUUGUCAAAGUGGCUAAUGAAGUGCUUGGAGAAAUGAACCUCAACCCUGAAGAGGUUUUCUUGGCGCAGGGCACCCUGCGGCCUGAUCUCAUUGAGAGUGCCUCUCAUAUUGCCAGCGGAAAGGCAGAGGUCAUCAAAACACACCACAACGACACCGAGCUCAUCCGCAAACUCAGAGAUGAGGGAAAAGUAAUCGAACCUUUGAAAGAUUUUCAUAAAGAUGAGGUGAGAGCGCUGGGGAGAGAGUUGGGCCUGCCAGAGGAGAUCGUCUCUCGGCAUCCUUUUCCCGGUCCUGGUUUGUCCAUCAGAGUGAUUUGUGCUGAGGAGCCUUAUAUUUGUAAGGACUUUGCUGAAACAAACAACAUCCUCAAAAUUAUCACAGACUUUUCUGCAAGUGUCAAAAAGCCUCAUGCCUUGCUCCAGAGAGUCAAGUCGUGCAUAUCAGAUGAAGAGGAGGAAAAGCUCAUGCAGAUCACCAGCCUUCAUUCACUUAAUGCCUUCCUGCUGCCCAUCAAAACUGUUGGUGUCCAGGGAGACUGUCGGUCUUACAGUUAUGUGUGCGGUGUAAUGAGUAAAGAAUCUCCUCACUGGGAAUCACUGAUGUUCCUGGCCAGACUCAUCCCUCGCAUGUGCCAUACCAUCAACAGAGUUGUGUAUAUUUUUGGGUCCCACGUAAAGGAGCCGCCAACAGACAUUACCCCAACUUUCCUGACCACCGGUGUUCUGAGCACGCUCAGACAGGCGGACUUUGUUGCUCAUUCUAUUCUUAGAGAGUCUGGUUAUUCAGGCAAGAUCAGUCAGAUGCCGGUCAUCCUCACGCCCCUGCAUUUCGACCGAGACCCCCUGCAGAAGCAGCCUUCCUGUCGGCGCUCUGUCGUGGUCCGCACGUUCAUCACCAGCGACUUCAUGACGGGCAUCGCUGCCAUGCCUGGUAACCACAUCCCAGAGGAGGUGGUGCUAAAGAUGGUAAAUGAGAUCAAGAAAAUCCCAGGCAUCUCCAGAGUGAUGUACGACCUGACUUCCAAGCCACCCGGCACCACAGAGUGGGAAUAGAGCCACGUCAUGACUUCAUAUCAUUAGGACACACAUUCACACACAGUGCACAAACAGUCUCCGCAGACACCGGAGGGCCGGUGAGCCGCGCUCUCUCUGUCCUUCCUUCCCCGACCCCACUUUACCUCCUCUUUCUCUUUGACAUUCCCAUGGAAGGCAGACCGUACUGUGACGAAGCCCCUCCGCUCUGCACUCCCCAUCACUCCCACUCUUACCUGGUCUUAAUUUGUUUUGUUUCGUUUUCUUUCUUCAGAAGUAGGGAUCCAGUAGUGUUGGUUAUGGUUAAUAUAUUGUUAUUUUUAAUUCAUGUACAUGUUCUGGCUAUUAUACAAAGGUAAAUCGCUGCUUCCUUUUAUGAGCUUAACCUUUAAAGGCAAGCGGUAAGAAGCUGUGAUGUCGACUCGAUGUUGUGCCUAAAGAGUAAUUGUGGGGUGGAUAAAAUAAAAAUAAGCAAAGCAAACAGUGUUGUCAUGAACGAAAAUGCAGUAGUGGGUUGGGGAUGAAAGUCUUCUGCUGUUGCUUUGUAUUUCUUUCUUGUAGUACAGAAUGUUUUCAGACUAUCCUCUGUUUGUACUCUCUCUCUAUCUCGCCUCCUCCAUACUGUGUUACAACCGAGGUUGUCUGGAAUCAGCAGCCUACAUGACCAAUCAAUUUUUAAGCCCUUUUUCUUUUUGUUGCCAAAAGUAGAAUAUGCUGUGGUGGUGUUGACUAUUGUGGACUCCUCGGAUUGUUUGACUGGAGCUGUUGUGUUGUUUCUGCAUCCUUCCUGGACAGCAGUCCACCCAGCAGUGGCUUCAGAGAGGUGACUCCUGGGAAAGAAGCCAAUACCAUUGGUAACUUUGUUUGUGCCUGUUCUGUAUUUUCAUGUUUUAAGUUUUUUUUUCUUUUCUUUUUCUUUUCUGGUGUGAAAUGAAUGAACUCUGUCCAGAGAGGAGAAUGCUGUUCUCCUCAUGCUGCAGUAUGUGUGCUUUUUUUAUGAAGAAGAUUAUAAAGGCAAAAGGACUAAUAUCAAACCUAUAAGUACAGUAGUAAGAGCUUUUAACCACAUCGUGUCACUUGCUGUUGUUUGACGAUUUGGCUGGUCCUGCAUUGUGCAGAAGCACGUUUUUGCACAUUUUUCACUCAUGAAGCCUCGGUGCUACAUCAGCAUAAACAUCAAGUAGAAACUUUAUCUUAACUGUGUCCCUCUUUAGUGUUGAAGGUUCAUUUGAGGGAGUUGGCUCGAGCUCCUGCCUCAUUUCACGUUGUCGCGCCUUGUAUACAUGGUCACUUUCACAACUGUCGAUGCAUAAUUUCCGGUCUCCCGUCUCGUCAUUUAGACCUCAGUGAAUACAGUGCUCAGGUUUAACUGAGUUUUUAAAAGCGUGUAGUCUCCUGUUAGCGAUAUUUACCCUGGAUGUGAUGCCGCCAUCUGUUUUUGUGCCUCUCAUCCUUCCAUUAACUCAACUCUUUGGUGACCUUAACUGCUGUUUGUGAUUGUCCUUCUGUUUUGCCUUUGUAAGCGUGUUUCUGUUAUACAAGUCCCCAUAAAACAACUAAAGUGGAUUAAAAAAAAAAAUUCCAAUAAGAUUAAGUUAUGCAAUAUUGUCCUUUUUAUUUCCUUCAAGUUUGCUCAGCGAUGUUCAUUUUUCCUUAGUAACGUGCCUCAAACCAAGCCACUGCAUGCAGUUUCAACUAUGACAUUUGUACAAUGGAAAACUGAGCUUUAAUAAAGAUCUCAAUGUUAAAACGUC